AAACCACCCCAACAAUCCCAUGUUUCUCAUUCUCUUCCUUCUCCUUUUAAAACACAACAAGGUCACACAAAAUAACCCAUUAUCGAUCCCCUCCUCUCUUUCUCUCUAAUGGCUACUCAUCAAAAUUUUGAACCAAUAACGAAAUGUAAGUCCGAGGGACGGUCAAAUCAAACCGUGGCAGCUGACCUAGAUGGUACACUUUUGGUGUCUAGAAGUGCUUUUCCAUACUUCAUGCUUGUCGCCUUAGAAGCCGGCAAUCUUCUUCGAGCGUUAGUCCUUCUUGCGUCCGUCCCAUUUGUGUAUUUCGUGUACUUGUUUGUUUCAGAAUCCAUUGCCAUCCAAACGUUCAUUUUCAUUGCCUUUUCGGGUUUGAAAAUUCGAGAUAUUGAGCUUGUUUCUAGGUCUGUUUUGCCUAAAUUCUAUGCUGAAGAUGUCCACCUGGAGACUUGGAGAGUUUUCAACUCUUUUGGCAAGAGAUAUAUAGUUACUGCAAACCCUAGAAUCAUGGUGGAACACUUUGCCAAGAACUUUUUGGGGGCUGAUGAGGUUCUUGGGACAGAGUUGGAAAUAUCCAAAUCUGGACGUGCAACAGGGUUUGUUAAAAAACCUGGUGUUCUUGUUGGUGAACACAAAAAAAUGGCAAUUUUAAAUGAAUUUGGCACAAAGGUUCCGGAUUUAGGUCUCGGCGAUAGAGAGACUGAUCAUGGCUUCAUGUCGAUAUGCAAGGAAGCAUACAUGGUGCCUAGAACAAGAUGUGAACCCCUAACAAGAAACAAGCUUCUAUCACCAAUAAUUUUCCAUGAGGGACGUCUAGUACAAAGACCUACACCUCUUGUGGCACUAAUGACCUUCUUAUGGAUGCCAAUAGGCAUAAUUCUUUCUUUACUUAGAAUUUAUCUCAACAUCUACUUACCAGAAAAAAUUGUUCAAUACAAUUAUAAGUUUCUUGGAAUUAAGCUUAUUGUAAAGGGCACCCCUCCACCGCCGCCUAAGGAUGGCCGAGGCGGCGUCCUCUUCGUCUGCAACCACCGGACCAUCAUCGACCCUGUCGUCCUUGCAGUUGCACUAGGGAGGAAAGUCAGCUGUGUCACUUAUAGCAUAAGUAAAUUUUCAGAAAUGAUUUCACCAAUUAAAGCAGUUGCAUUAUCAAGGGAAAGAGAGAAAGAUGCAGCACAAAUUAAAACCCUACUUCAAGAAGGUGACCUUGUGAUAUGUCCUGAGGGUACUACUUGUAGGGAGCCAUUUCUCUUAAGAUUCAGUGCAUUAUUUGCAGAACUUACGGACAGAAUCGUGCCUGUGGCGAUUAACGUUAAACAAAGCGUGUUUUAUGGAACAUCGGCUCGAGGGCACAAAAUUUUUGAUCCAUAUUUUGUGUACAUGAACCCUAGGCCUGUUUAUGAGAUUACUUUCUUGAAGCAACUGCCACGUGAACUCACUUGCAAAGGUGGAAAAUCAGCCAUUGAAGUUGCAAAUUAUAUUCAGAGGGUGCUGGGUGGGACAUUAGGGUUUGAGUGUACUAAUUUGACUAGGAAGGACAAGUAUACUAUGAUAGCUGGAACAGAUGGCAGUGUCCAAUCCAAGAAGGAGAAGUCUGAAGAUAAAAAUAAGUAAUUAACUCCAGUGAUUCUCUGAAAAAAAUAAAAAGAAUAAUAAAUCUUUGAAUUUUAUGCAUGGAAUUGGAUUUACUGAUGGAGGAUCCACAAUGAAUAAAUAAAUUAGUUGAUAUAUUGUACUAUGAAAUGUAAAGUAGGUUUUCCAAGUAUAGUAGUAUUCAUGAAUCAAUAUUGUUAAAUCAAGUUGCUUAAAUUUGAGAGAAAUCAUUCUUCUCCAUUCGAUUGAACCCUAUAUCUAUUGUGAAGAUUCAGGAUGAAGUUACUUUAAUUUUGAAAUGUAUCUAUCAUUUUUGCGU